AUGAUCAAACAACCACCAUCCAACAACACAGCUACAGGAAUUACACAAGGCGAUACUCAUCAGCAGUUAUCUUGCACAACUAUCAUCAUGUCUGCGUUACUUGCAACUCGCGAAGCACUUUUCCCACACAUGACCGACGAGUACUUUGAGCGCAUCGUGAAACGACGUGGUCACGGUCUUCCAAACCAAUACUCUCUCGAUGAGACCAAUGCAUGGAUGGAUAGAGUCCUCCACGACUUGAGGUCGAGCGAACACGACCUUGAAUCCGAAAGAAAUACUAUUCGACAUGCCUGCAUCCGUUUACGAUGUGUCAAGUGCCGCCGUCCCUGCCAAGAGAUCCAAGAUGGAAGUUUCGUGGAAUCGCACCGCCCUUGUAUCUUCCCGUGCGGACAUAUCAUCGGCAGCUCAUGCUACGAAGACAUGAUAUUGCUCUACACAUAUACGGAACUGCAAUCUCCAACAUGCCCAUAG